GCUGCCGCCAUCCCGCAGGCGAGAGGUAGGGAGAGGCCCGCCCGCUCGCCGGCCGGGCCAGUGUGGGCCAGUGCGUGAGGGCGCGGAGGGCCGUGUCAGUGAGACGCAGAGCGCAGCCGCCACCACCAAACGGACAUGUUGGAGCCCAGCGCCGCCGCCUCUUUUUCCUCAUCCUCUGAACGGGACUGAGGGGCCCGUACCUCUCCGCCUCUGCCUCGGCUGUCCGCCUCGCCGCUUCGGCCGCAGCCUCUUCCUGACCGGCCUCGGGCUCCGCCGCUCGUCGCCUCCCCCUGCCUCCAGGCCCGGCAGGUUCCUCCGCCCCGCUCCGCCGCGGCGCGAGGUCUAUGUGACCGGCGGGCCGGGAGCAGCCGCCGCCGCAGCACGAACAUGGACGCCGUCAACGCCUUCAACCAGGAGCUCUUUUCACUUAUGGAUAUGAAACCUCCCAUCUCCAGAGCCAAGAUGAUUCUCAUCACUAAAGCUGCUAUUAAAGCUAUUAAGCUUUAUAAGCAUGUUGUUCAAAUAGUAGAAAAGUUCAUCAAAAAGUGUAAACCAGAAUACAAAGUUCCAGGAUUAUAUGUAAUUGACUCAAUUGUGCGACAGUCUCGUCAUCAAUUUGGAACAGAUAAAGAUGUUUUUGGGCCAAGAUUCUCUAAAAACAUAACUGCCACAUUCCAAUAUUUAUAUCUUUGUCCAUCUGAAGAUAAGAGUAAAAUAGUUCGUGUGCUGAACCUUUGGCAAAAAAAUGGAGUCUUCAAAAUUGAAAUUAUUCAACCUCUUUUGGACAUGGCAGCAGGAACCAGUAAUGCCGCCCCAGUAGCAGAAAAUGUUACCAAUAAUGAAGGCUCACCUCCACCUCCAGUAAAAAUUUCUUCUGAACCCCCACAAGCCACUCCAAACUCUGUACCUACUGUACCACAGUUGCCCAGCUCUGAUGCUUUUGCUGCUGUGGCUCAACUGUUUCAGACAACUCAAGGCCAGCAGCUUCAGCAGAUCCUUCAGACUUUUCAGCAGCCUCCAAAACCACAAUCUCCUGCCCUUGACAAUGCUGUGAUGGCUCAAGUUCAGGCUAUCACAGCUCAGUUAAAGACAGCUCCUACACAACCACCUGAACAAAAAGCUGCUUUCCCCCCACCUGAACAAAAAACUGCAUUUGACAAGAAGCUGCUUGAUAGAUUUGAUUAUGAUGAUGAGCCAGAAGCUGUGGAAGAAUCAAAGAAAGAGGAUGCUGCUGCCGUCACCACCACAGCACCCACUGCUGCUGUGCCAUCCGUGCCUGCCACUGCUGCACCUGCUGCUGCUGCCCCUGCUGCUGCCUCUCCUCCUCCACAGUCACCAUUUGGAUUUCCUGGAGAUGGCAUGCAGCAACCAGCAUACACACAGCAUCAAAAUAUGGAUCAGUUUCAACCUCAAAUGAUGGGAAUUCAGCAGGAUCCAGUACACCAUCAGGUUCCACUUCCUCCUAAUGGACAAAUGCCAGGAUUUGGACUUCUUCCUACACCUCCAUUUCCUUCUGUGGCUCAGCCUGUGAUUCCUCCAACUCCAGCAGUGCAGCAGCCGUUCCAAGCUUCUUUUCAUGCACAAAAUGAACCACUUACACAGAAGCCACAUCAGCAGGAAAUGGAAGUAGAACAACCUUGUAUUCAAGAGGUUAAGAGGCAUAUGUCUGAUAACAGAAAGUCAAGAUCUAGGUCAGCAUCCAGGUCACCCAAAAGAAGGCGAUCUAGAUCUGGUUCUAGGUCUCGAAGGUCUCGUCAUCGACGUUCUCGAUCUCGGUCCAGGGAUAGACGUCGACAUUCUCCUCGGUCUCGAUCCCAAGAACGACGUGAUCGAGAAAAAGAGAGGGAACGCCGACAGAAAGGACUGCCUCAAAUCAAACCAGAAACUGCAAGUGUUUGCAGUACUACACUCUGGGUAGGACAGCUGGACAAAAGGACUACUCAGCAGGAUGUUGCUAGUCUCUUGGAAGAGUUUGGUCCAAUUGAAUCAAUUAAUAUGAUUCCUCCCAGGGGUUGUGCCUAUAUCGUUAUGGUUCAUAGGCAAGAUGCUUAUCGUGCCCUGCAGAAACUGAGCCGUGGAAACUAUAAAGUGAACCAGAAAUCCAUAAAGAUUGCCUGGGCCUUAAACAAAGGAAUAAAGGCAGAUUAUAAGCAGUAUUGGGAUGUGGAACUUGGUGUUACUUAUAUUCCAUGGGACAAAGUCAAGCCUGAGGAACUGGAGAGUUUUUGUGAAGGAGGAAUGUUGGACAGUGAUACCCUUAAUCCAGAUUGGAAGGGAAUUCCCAAGAAGCCUGAAAAUGAAGUUGCUCAAAAUGGAGGUGCAGAAACCUCACACGCAGAACCAGUAUCACCCAUACCUAAACCUUUACCUGUGCCUGUCCCUCCUAUUCCUGUUCCUGCACCUAUAACAGUGCCACCUCCACAGGUCCCACCACAUCAGCCGGGUCCUCCUGUAGUAGGUGCUCUCCAGCCACCCACUUUCACACCUCCUUUGGGAAUUCCCCCUCCAGGCUUUGGUCCUGGUGUUCCUCCACCUCCUCCUCCUCCACCAUUUUUGCGCCCGGGAUUCAACCCAAUGCAUUUACCACCAGGUUUCCUUCCUCCUGGACCCCCACCUCCUAUAACUCCACCAGUAUCCAUUCCUCCUCCUCACACUCCACCAAUAAGCAUCCCAAACUCUACUAUCGCUGGUAUAAAUGAAGACACUACAAAAGACUUAUCUAUUGGAAAUCCCAUUCCAACAGUGGUGUCUGGGGCUAGAGGAAACGCCGAGUCUGGUGACAGUGUGAAAAUGUAUGGCUCUGCUGUGCCACCUGCUGCACCCACGAAUCUGCCCACCCCUCCUGUAACCCAGCCUGUUUCACUUCUUGGCACUCAAGGAGUUGCACCUGGCCCUGUAAUUGGGCUCCAGGCACCAUCUACUGGUCUUCUAGGUGCCCGACCUGGCCUAAUACCACUCCAGCGCCCUCCAGGAAUGCCUCCACCUCAUUUACAGCGAUUUCCUUUGAUGCCACCCCGUCCCAUGCCGCCACACAUGAUGCACAGAGGUCCACCACCAGGACCAGGGGGCUUUGCGAUGCCUCCACCUCAUGGAAUGAAAGGUCCCUUUCCACCGCAUGGCCCCUUUGUUAGGCCUGGUGGAAUGCCAGGGCUUGGGGGCCCAGGGCCAGGUCCAGGGGUGCCUGAAGACAGAGAUGGAAGACAGCAACAACAGCAGCAGCAGCAGCAGCAGCCACCUCCACCACAGCCACAACAGCAGCCGCCACCAUCACCACAGCCACUUCCAACUCAGCAGCAGCCACAGCAGUUUAGAAAUGAUAACAGGCAGCAGUUCAAUUCAGGUAGAGACCAAGAAAGGUUUGGAAGAAGAUCUUUUGGAAAUAGGGUGGAAAAUGACCGGGAACGGUAUGGGAACCGUAAUGAUGAUAGAGAUAAUAGUAACCGUGAAAGGAGAGAGUGGGGAAGAAGGAGCCCUGACCGGGACAGGCACAGAGACUUGGAAGAGAGAAAUAGACGCUCUAGUGGGCAUCGAGACAGAGAAAGAGAUUCUAGAGAUAGAGAGUCUCGUAGAGAGAAGGAAGAAAACCGAGGAAAGGAGAAGCCUGAGGUGACAGACAGGGCAGGUGGUAACAAAACCGUUGAACCUCCCAUUAGCCAAGUGGGAAAUGUAGACACUGUUUCAGAACUUGAUAAGGGGGAGUCUGAGUCCGCAGUUGUAAAACCUUCCGAAGAGUUACCUGCUGAGGCUACCUCAUCCGUUGAACCUGAAAAGGAUUCUGGCUCAGCAGCAGAGGCUCCUCGUUAGAGACUGGAAUUUGUCAAAGUGUGACGGUGACACUUCCUGGAGUGUAGAGCUUGAGGUGUACAGAUGCUGUAUAAUAUUUGCUCCUGCUAUAUCACAGCCCCGCGGUAGUUGGUGGGGAAUUGUAAGCAAUUUGAUUGCUUCCCUUCUAUUUAAAAAUAGCCACAAAAUAACAAAAAAUACUGAAAAUAUGAAUAAAUAUUACCCUUUUUGCUGUAACUUUUUAAAAGUUUUGACUUUAAAAAGUUUACAAGUCGUAAUUAGAAGUGCUCUCUAUUUUUUUUUUUUUUUUUUUUUUAAUUUAAGACAAGGUAAUGGUGAAAGCUCCUCAAACAAUAGGGAUGUUUUUAAUAAACUCUAUUUUCGUAACAAACUUUAAUGUGUGCUAUUAUUCCUACACUGCAUUAAGGUGGAAAGGAUUGUUUACCAUCAGAGUUUGAGCUGUUAAUACUAUAUUGAAGUCUAAAUUAGACUUAUUUGAUGGAAAUAGACUU